CAUAUCUGUUGAUAAACCUGAGGAUACUCGAGGAAGACAAUACGGUAUGUGGGAGUGUGAGACACAGACAGUGAGCAGGAUUUACUGACAAAUAUUUAAGGGGCACCAAAUGUGAUCAGGCCCCCAUUAUACCCAUAGUAAGUGAGUGGUCAUGUUGAAGACAUGGAGCCAACAGUGCCGACAACGUCAUGUACCAAUUUCUUCAACUAUGACACCUUCACCCACUUUACAACAAUACCCGCUGUGGCGAUCAUACUCGUGCUGGCUUUCCUGGAGAAAAGGAAGCAUGGGAAGGGCAUCUGGAACGGCCGACCAGCAUUGAUCGUCCCGUUAAAUCUCCUGGACGGUUAUGAGAAUCGACUUGCGUUUGCUGCUGCCUUUGGUGCUGUCACUAACGAAACCUUAACUCUGUUUUGGGAGAUCCUGUACACCGACCUUGAGUAUCCGCUCUGGGCCGUUGCAUUGAUUCUACAACUGCGGGUGGUGGAGGUGACAGUGGUAUGCUUCCCUCUGUUUGCAUGCAUCGCUACUCGACACCGAUUGGUUGGAUCUGUAUGUGGAUUUCUCUAUUCUGCCUUAUUGUGCGGCGGUGUUGUCACAAGUCUAGUGCAGUGGCUCUGUGAAUCCGGUCAUAUCAAUAAAGUGCCUCCAGCAGAAUCCAUCGCGAUCUACCUUCCUGUGCUUGUAUGUUACCUGUGCCUGAUGCUGAGAUCAGCAGUGUUAAUUAUCCGCCUUGUGGCAUCUGAAGUUUACUCCCUACAGGAGGAUACAGACACGGUGCAUCCACAUCAAAUCAUCCAUGUACGGCUAUUACUGAGCGGUUACUACGAUGCAGUUUUAACGAAAGAAGAAACGUUCAGACAAAAGGUUUGCUACAGAUCCAUCCAGGGCUUCAAGUAUCCUGUGAAGAUAGUCUGUGCUGUCUUCAUCAUUACUGUUAUUCUCUAUCAGCUUGCUGUAGCAGAGAUAGGGUUCGUCAUGUCAGCGCAAGAGCUCAAGAACUUGGAUGAGAACAUCCAGCUACCAGUAUUCAACCAUACAAUCAUCUUCCUCACACCACAGGCCGUCGACGGUAUGAUAGGAACGUAUUACGCAGUGGCGUUUGUAGCCAAUGCUGCAGCGUUUAUUCACAUAUACUUCUUCUUGAAGAUAUACAGGAAAAACAUUUUGAGGUUGCACCAAGGAGAUCAAUCCUUCAUCUGCCAGAUUGACCAACGUGCACAAUAUAUCAUGGCCAGCAAUCUGCGAUUCCUCGGCUAUCUCAUUGCCUACAGUGUAUGGGGUACCGUGAUUGCCUUCUUCUUUCUGCUGGGGUUGUCUCUUGUAGUCUACUAUGCGCUGUUCUUGAUGGACGCCAACGGCUACCUGGUGACCUUCCUCACAUACGUAGCACAGGUUUUGAGCUUUCCUGCCACGGCACUCAUCCUCUUCUAUCUCCAGGUAGUGAUGGCGAGAUACGUUCUGCUUCAGGACAAAAUACGCCCGACUGACGAGGAUCCACCGCUCAAUGUAGAUAACAGGAGAUUUUACGAGGGAUUCAACUUUUUCUCCCUGUUCGGGAGCCUGACCAUUGGUAUAUUCUCCUGCUUCCUUCGAAUUCUAAUUGGGACAGUCAUGGGCGGCGUGAUGGUUGGUAGACUGGACAAAACCACCUUCAUGAGGAACAUGGAAAGGCAUGAUAGAGGUCACUUAUCCUACAUCAGUAUGCUACACGUUGAAAACAGUCAUAACCACCCUGUUGUCCGGGUCUUCUGUGGUGUCCUCUGGGACGAAACGUUACAGAAGAGACAUGACAGCCAAAGAACAUUAUUUGGGACACCCGUGCGCCUGUACAGGACAUUUCCUGAUGUUGAGCCAUCCGAAGAUGAACACCUGAUCAGCGGCACUUCGGGUAGAAAAUCCCAACGGCAGAUUUCAGUUUUGAAAAAUACGCGAUACGUUCGAAAGUGGAAACUUGCCUACACAUUGCUCAGGAACCCAGGUUUGAGGAGACAGAGGAAGACUUUUGCAUCCAAUGGUGGACACAAACCUCAAGAAGCAAUUGAAAGUGUAAUGGUUGAGAUACAUGACUUCUCAUCAAUGAUAAAUUGAUGAACCACAUUUAAUAAUUCAAAACGUUACACCUGUAUUAUUCAAUGAUCACGUGACACCAUGGGAAAAGACCAAUGACCUCGUUAAUCCGAACAACGCCGUAACUUGUGAAUUCGUCUGGCUUAACAAAUGUCCGUAGUAUCGAAUCAUACUUACGAUGUAGUGACACAUUGUAUAUAUGGAGACGUUCCUUAAAAGUAAUCAUACGAAUAUAGGAGAGUCCGAUUUAAAGGGAUGAACUGUAUACCUGUAGUGAGUCAAUCCAAUAAAGAUCAGGGUCCAGCUGCAGGGCCCCGUUCCACAAAGCUAUCUUAGCGCUAAGGUGAUCGUAACUCCCAUACUCUAAUAUAGGUUUACGAUAGUUCCACAAAGCGAUCUUUGGGCUACGACAAAGCCCAUGUAAACGUAUAGGGGUUAUACAUUACGAUAAGCUUAGCGCUCAGAUCGCUUUGGGUAACGGGGCUCUGAUAUUUUAAUCCGAAACAAUACUUACCUUAAGGACAACUCCAUAGAAGGUCGCGUUCGGUGAACCAGGAUGAAUAGGAUUUUAAGCCAAACAAAUGUCAGCUUUCUCGAUUCGGAAAUUUCGAUUUGAACAAAAGAAAAUCCACUCAGGACAUAAAUAUGCCCUCGAAGGUACUUGGUUUUUGUUGUAGCUACCGCGGAGGUAAGAAACAACAGGUAGUUUAAAUUUUCCACAAAAAUCUAAUGGUGCAGCUUUCAUUAUGUACGUUCUGGAAAUGUCGUUUUAGCGCUUUUUCGUGAGACGGAAAUCAGAUAUGUUGAUCUGAAUGGUUCGCGCACUAGUACCGAUAAUUUAGACGCCUCGACGCUGAUUCACUGAUCAGAAAGUUCACCUCACGCGACGUCAUUAUUGGGGGUACACUGUCACCUCAGAUCUUUACGCAGAGUGGUAUAUCGUUUCGGAUUAAAAAAUCUGAUUUUAAGGAGAUUGGUGGUUAUUAAUCAGCUUCUUCUUACCCAAUACUUACUGACCACAUGUACUGGUAGUCUGAAUUUUCACUGUCGAGUUGUCAAUACAUCCAGUGCCUCUCUUGUUACAUGAUUUCAAAGUAUAUUAAUUCAUUUUGUCUCUCAAUCUGAUAUGUAAUUAUUAAAUAUUCUCUUAUCUUCUUGAUAUAUAUUCUUAUAAGCAAGUCAACAUAAUAAACCUUGACAUUAAGUACAACCAUGACAGCAUAUUAUUAAAGUUGAUACACUUUCUUCAUGUAUGUUAACCCAUUUUUCAAUAUGUUCUGUUAUACCCGUAUCUUCACUAUCAAAUUUUGUUAAUAUUGAUUACUUUAACACCGAUAAGUUUGCAUUCAAAACGUAAUAAAGGAUAUCGCCAAACAUUUCUGUCCAUUUUGACAAUAACGUGAAGGGCAUCUAAUAUGACACGCAAGACUCGGACACAACUCCAGUAAUCUCAACACUGAUCGAUGUAUUAAGCGAGCAGUUGAAAAGUUCGGUCUCGGAUAAAAAAAAAAAAUUCUGAAAUUUAGGGUGUCAGUUGGUCUGCCAGCUUUUCUUCCUUUCAACUCCAUGUUAUUGGUGGAAGGCCAUAAUUAACCUUUGUACAGCUUUAAUCGUCACAAUAUUAUAAUAAACAUAAUCAUCAUCACUAUCGCAGAUAUAACAAUAUAAAGUACAGAUGAAAACAUACCAGUUCUAUAUCCAUCCGUGCAUGGUGUGUUGAUAGUGGUGUGACUCCAGAAUUUCUGUGUUUUGUUUUAAUAUCGGUGGUACUGUUAUUCUGAGAUUUUUGAGGAUGUCAACAAUUUCGCAAUUAGGCUUAAGGGUUGUUGUUCCAAACUACAUGUGUGAGGUUUUUUGAUCCGACAUCGAACAUUUGUACUACUCCCUUAUCUGAUUUCUUGCCAUGCUCCAUGAUAAAUGUGAUUUGUACAAAAUACUCCUUUUGCAGCAUAUUCUCUUUUGCAGCAUAUCAUUUCAAGAGUGAGUGUAUGUGAGUGAGUGAAUUGCUGGAUGUCUGAGUGAGUGAUUGACAGUGCUUUUAACCCUGUUUCAAUAAUACGAUGGCUUCUUCCAUGUGGGAGAAAUUGCAGAUGUGAUGCUUAUUUUAGACGCUUACCACUUUGUCGAAACCAACGAGCACUGUGUGGUGCUGGCAAGCAAUUGUUCUUAUUAAUCAGGAAUCAUCAGGGAUUCGAACCCACGAUUAUCGGAUCGUGACACGAGUAAUACAAGCAUGGCUUAAUAUCUGGGACUCGAACCCUCGAUCAUGGUUCUAGCAUGCCAAAGAAACGCGCCAUCGAAAUACGGCUUGUACAGCCGUGUCCCCAAAUACAAUUACAUCCGUAAAACAAUACUCAAUGGCUUCAUCGUAUUAACACACAAGUGCAAGUAUGUACAUAUGUGCAGCAUAAUGUACCCUCAAUUGACAGUGACAACCGGAGACCCGAUUAGAAAUGGCCUUCGGCAAACCAUGCUUGUUAUAAUUUGAAAAAUGUAACAAAAUUUGUCAGAAUUGUAAUUUAAAUGAGUUAGAGGAUGAAUGCCACAUGCUAAUGCAAUGUCCAUGUUUUAAUGAUUUGAGAAACAUUUUGUACCAAAGAAAUAUUUAAGCAAAUGCACAUUCAAAUGUUUUGUUAAUUUAAUGAAUGAUUAUGAUCCAGCUAUAGUAGUAUACUUGUUAAACUUUUGUAAAGCUUCACUUUAAGGAGAGAAUGUUAUCAUUAAUUACUGAACACUCUGUUAUCAUUGAAUAUAUAUACACAUAUGAUAAACCGCCAUCACCCUUGAUGUAUAUUUUGUAUUUUUGUAUACUUUGUAUACUUUGUAUAUGGGCCUGAGGCUUCAAGUGCAAAUAAAGAUUGAUGAGGCGACUAACGGG